GCUCUGGCACAUCUCUCCAUCUCACUCGUGCGUCCGGUCAAAUUGUGAACUUGUUGGAGUGUUUUUGUGAUGUUAAGCUCACAUUUCCUGCGAUUCUCCCUCACUGCCUCUCGCCAGAUUCACCUCACUCGCCAACUACAGUCCUUGCCAGUUUUGCCGGCCCGAGUGUCGCCGUCUCUCUCACUCUCUGGCAGCCGACGGUCGAGUCGACUUCCGGACGUCGUCAGUGUUCCGUCAGCGAGCGUAGCGUGUGGAGGUUUCGUUUGCAGUGUCCGGCAAAGUGUCUCCAGAGCUCCAUUUUCACGACAAUUCGCCAGCACUUCCAUUGCCAUGUCGAGGAGCAAGGAAUUCCAGCGGCUGCCCGGCCACGUGGUGCCCGUGCACUACGACCUGGAGCUGCGUCCUGACUUGGAGAAGCUCGUCUUCACGGGCAAGACAAACGUCAAAAUCCAGGUGAAACAGGCGACGGACAAAAUAGUCCUCAAUGCGCUGGAUGUGGCGAUAAAGAAGGCCACUGUGCAAGUGAUGGGCGGCGAGGUGAAAACAGCCAAAGAUGUGACUUUCUCGGUGGAUCAGGAGACGGCGACGCUGCUCUUCGACGCGCCACUGCCGCUGGGCGAUGGUUGUCUGUACAUGGAAUUCUCCGGGGAGUUGAAUGACAAGAUGAAGGGCUUCUAUCGCAGCAAGUACUUCACGCCGAGCGGCAAGGAGCGCUUCGCCGGCGUCACGCAGUUUGAGGCCACGGACGCGCGGCGCUGCUGGCCGUGCUGGGAUGAGCCUGCCAUCAAGGCCACCUUCGAUAUCACCCUGAACGUGCCGGCGGAUCGCGUGGCGCUGUCCAACAUGCCCGUGAUCAGUGAGGAGAUGCAGGAGGAUGGCUGGAAGGUGGUGAAGUACCAGACGUCGCCCAUCAUGUCCACGUACUUGGUGGCCGUUGUGGUGGGUGAGUAUGAUUUUGUGGAGGCGACCAGUGAGGAUGGUGUGCUGGUGCGUGUGUACACGCCGGUGGGGAAGAAGGAGCAGGGCCAGUUUGCCCUCGAGGUGGCCACCAAAGUGCUGCCGUACUACAAAGACUACUUCCAAAUUGCUUAUCCGCUGCCGAAGAUGGAUCUCAUUGCCAUCUCGGACUUCUCAGCUGGCGCCAUGGAGAACUUUGGGCUGGUCACGUAUCGUGAGACUUUCGUCCUCGUGGAUCCGGAGAAUACUUCUCUGAUUCGCAAGCAAUCCAUCGCACUCACGGUGGGUCAUGAGAUUGCUCAUCAGUGGUUUGGGAAUCUUGUGACGAUGGAUUGGUGGACGUAUUUGUGGCUGAACGAAGGCUAUGCGUCCUUCGUGGAGUUUCUCUGUGUCAAUCACAUCUUCCCGAAGUACGAUAUUUGGACGCAAUUCGUCACGGACAUGUACACGCGCGCCUUGGAGCUGGAUUGCCUGAAGAACUCCCAUCCGAUUGAGGUGACUGUUGGACAUCCGUCGGAGAUUGAUGAGAUCUUUGACGAGAUCAGCUACAACAAGGGCGCCAGUGUCAUCCGGAUGCUGCAUCACUAUAUUGGGGAUGAUGACUUCAGGCGUGGCAUGAACAUUUAUCUCACGCGCCAUCAGUACAAGAACACCCGGUCGGAGGAUUUGUGGGCGGCCCUGGAAGAGGCUAGCAAGAAGCCCGUGGGCGCCGUGAUGUCGACUUGGGUGAAGCAAAUGGGCUUUCCUGUUGUGAGUGUGAAGUCGCGACAAGAGGGAUCGAAGCGCAUUCUCACGCUGCGUCAGGAGAAGUUCACGGCGGACGGGAAGAGUGCCAGUGGAGACAUUCUCUGGAUGAUCCCAAUUAUGGUGUCCACGGCCAAGAGGCCGCAGCACGUGGCGGAGAGUUUCGUGUUGGACAAGGCGGAGACGGAGAUCACGGUGGAGGACGUGGACGCCAAAGAGUGGGUGAAGAUCAAUCCUGGCACGAUUGGCUACUAUCGCACCAAGUAUCCGUCAGAGAUGCUAGAUGCUUUCAUCCCAUCGAUCAGGAGCAUGACGUUGCCGCCUCUGGAUCGUCUCGGACUGCUGGAUGAUCUGUUCGCUCUGGUCCAGGCGGGUCACACGCCCACGGCUGAGGCGCUGCGGCUGAUGGACGCGUACAGGAAUGAGAGCAACUACACUGUGUGGUCGUGCAUCUCCAAUUGUCUGGCCAAACUGCAGAUUCUGCUGUCGCACACGGACUUGGAUCAGGCCUUCAAUGAGUACGGCGUGAGGCUCUAUCGUCCGGUGGCGGAGAAGUUGGGCUGGGACGCAAAGCCGGGCGAGAGUCACUUGGACACGCUGCUCAGGAGUCUCGUGCUGAAUCGUCUGGUGGCGUUCAAUUGUCCGGAUGUGGCGGAGGAGGCGCGGAAGCGCUUCCGGCUGCACACGAGCGGUGAAUGUGUCCUGCCGGCCGAUCUGAGGAGUGCCUGCUAUCGAGCUGUGCUCCAGGACGGCGAUCUCACCACGUACGAGGAGAUGCUGAAGCUGUAUCGCGCCACGGAUCUGCAUGAGGAGAAGGAUCGCAUCUCGCGCGCUCUGGGCGUGGUGAAGGACAUGGACAUCCUCAAGCGCGUCGUGCAGUUCGCCAUGUCGGACGAGGUGAGGGCGCAGGACUCGAUCUUCGUGAUUGUGGCCGUGGCGAUGAAUCCCAAGGGGCGCGAGAUGACGUGGAGUUUCUUCCGGGAGAACUGGCGAGUGCUGUUGGAUCAGUACGAGGGUGGUUUUCUGCUGUCGCGCCUCGUCAAAUAUCUCACGGAGAACUUCGCCACGGAGGAGAAGGCCAAAGAGGUGGAGGCGUUCUUCAAGGAGCACCAAUUCCCGGGCACCGAAAGAACUGUCUCGCAAUCCGUGGAGACCAUUCGGCUGAAUGCCGCGUGGCUGCAGCGUGAUCUCGCCAGCACCACGGACUUCCUCAGCAAUCACUAGAAGAAGUAUUCUUGAGAAAAUCUACCGCAUUUGCAAUACCAACACCACUAGAUUAAUGUCGAUUGUCCUCCCCAAUUAAUCAGUUCACAACAAACACCACCAGUUUUGCUAGGAGAGUACAAAGUAUAGAAGUUGCCAUAAUUGUUGCGUUUUUUAUUUGUGAAGAGUUUUCUUUAGGAGUGUUUUUUUUUCUUCUUUCUUUUUGAAGAUAUUUCAGCUCAUUUUGUGUAUUCAAUUCGUAAAUAAAGUGUAUUUUCUCAGAUUA